CAUCCUAUCAAAAAAAAAAAAAAAACGCAGAGAUAAAACGAUAACGCGACUUUAAGAUUUCGCAAUUUUGAAGUAUUCUAUAGCCGACCUUCAUAGAUAUGAGACCGACAGAAAAUAAUAAAUACUUGCGUUGAAACAUGAAGUGGUUCUGCAGUUGCAGCGACAGCGGCAGCAACCGUAUCACGCGUGUCACUCACAAAACAAGGCACGAAGAUGGCGAAGGGUUUCCAGCGAGACGAAACUCCAGAAGGCAAGGUGUUAGGGCCACUCCAGUCCAGUACCACCCUGGUGAAGAACUGGAUGAUUUUCCCCGCUAUCCAAAGUCGCCAGAGGAAAUGGAGAUAAUCAAGAACGCGCUGAACGAUAACGAAUUCCUCAACAAAAUUCUCAACGAGGAUGUAGCGGAGAAGAUAGCGAACGCCAUGACCGUACGUCAGGUCAAAGCUAAAGAGACUCUGAUUAAGCAGGGCGACGGAGGGUCGGAAAUAUUCGUUUCUUACAAGGGCACUUACCAGAUUUUUAUCGACGGAAGAAUGAAACAUCAGUUCUCAGACACAAGAGUAUUCGGAGAACUGGCAUUGCUUUAUAACGAGAAGCGGCUGUCUUCGGUGAUCUGUUCAGAAGAUGGCGUCGUGUGGGUUCUGAGCAGGCGGGCAUAUCAGACAAUAAAGACGUACACCGUCUUAAAGAAGGAGGAGGAAGUUUUCAAGUUCCUGCAGAACGUAGAAAAGAUCAACACCAAGAGUGCCGAGGCGCUUAGAGUCGUCGCCAAUCUUGUUACUCAGCAUUUUUUCAAAUCGGACACCAAAAUUAUUAGGGAAGGUGACCAUGGCGAUUUAUUUUACAUAAUCAGGGCGGGCACGGUAACGGUGUCCAAGAGCGGCGAAGGUGUUGUCGCGAAACUGGCAAAACAUCAGUGUUUCGGAGAUCUUGCAUUGCAAAACGAGAAUUUCCGCAAAGCCACAGUCACCGCGGAUCCACCAGGGGUGGAAUGUCUCACCUUGUCGAGGUCGGCUUUUCUGAAAUAUUUCGGCGACGUGAGAAUUACCGAAAUAGACGUCGAACGUGCGAAAUCCAUUGUCCAAUUACCCCCGGAAUUCCAAAACAUACACCUAGACGACCUGAAAUCGGUCGCGACCAUAGGAGUCGGUGGCUACGGUAGGGUCGACCUGGUGCAGCACGUUACACGCAAAGAGCUUGUGUUCGCUUUAAAGAAGAUGGCAAAAGCGGAGAUUGUUCGCGAGCACAUGGAACAUCACGCCGUGAACGAGAGGUUCAUACAGAUGAACACCAGGUCUGACUUCAUAGUACGUCUAUAUAGGACGUACAAAGACACCAAGUAUAUAUACUUCCUGAUGGAGUCGUGCCUGGGAGGAGACCUUUUCGCUCUUUUGCAAAACCAAAAGCUCCAAAAGUUCUCGGAACGUCACGCUCAGUUUAUAGCCGGCUGUGUGGUCGAAGCCCUCGAUUACCUUCACACAAGAGGCGUCGUUAGUCGCGACGUGAAACCGGAAAACGUCAUGGUCGCCGCGAACGGUUACUUCAAGCUGACCGAUUUCGGGUUCGCGAAGAUGGUACCCAACGGAUCGAAGACGUUCACAUUUGUCGGUACCCCCGAGUACCUCGCACCCGAGGUCAUCCAAGGAAAAGGUCAUAACAAGGCGGUCGAUUACUGGGCCCUCGGAAUACUCAUCUACGAGUUGCUGGUAGGGAGGACUCCAUUCCGCACGAACGAUCCUUCUCAUAACCGGACGCUGGAUAAAAUCUUAAAAGGGAUCGAGUUCGUCCAUUUUCCGGAUUACGUCAGCACAGAGUCAAAGAAGAUCAUCUACAAGCUGUGCAAGGUGGACUCGUGGGAUCGACUGGGUAUGUCGAAGGACGGCAUUAAACAGAUCAGGAAGAAUAGGUGGUUCGCAGGUCUCGAUUGGGAUAGAUUGGCUAGAAGUCACCUGCAGUCACCGUUCAAACCGAAGCUACGAAGUCAGACGGACACAUCAUAUUUUAGGGAAAAAUACAGGAAGAGUUUCAAGGAGGUGGACGACGAAACGUCGGGUUGGGACGUGAAUUUUUAGGGAAAGGUUUGGGACGUAUGAAGAAACGAACCCCCCUAGACGCAAAUACGUCCUUUGGUGAUCGCUGGUGAUAAUAUUAGAAGCUAAUUUUCGAGAACGAAACGUUUUUAUUCAACUCAGGCGCAAAAGCUCUUUUAAAUGAAAUCAUUAAAAAUCUAGGGCUUGUUACAUUUUCCAAACCUUUCUUCGGUAAUGUAAAAUGUAAAUAAUAUAUAAGUGUAAGGAUAACCUUUCAUUUAGUUGUUUUUAUUAUUUCUUACCAAAAACCU